AGCACAGACCUGUGACCUAUGACAUGCCAACUCUUCGAAACAUCUAUAGAGUUCUAGCGACACAGUAUGACCCUUUAGGCUAUCUGUUACCUUUCACUACUCGGGCCAAGCUCCUCCUUAGGCAGUUGUGGGAUAAGAAGCAUGGUUGGGAUGACUCAAACCUUCCAUCCACACUCCUUCAAGCUUGGAAUGACUGGGAGGCAGAGCUUAAGUUUCUACCUCAGCUUACCUUCCCACGCGCUUAUGCUCCUACUCAAACCAACUUAGAAGAGGACAUCCGUGAAGUGCACAUCUUCGCAGAUGCAUCUGAGAAAGCCUAUGGAGCUGUAGCUUAUAUGAGGACUGAAGAGUGCGGCGGUCAGGUUCAUCUCACCUUCAUCCUAGCUCGUUCCCGUGUAGCUCCAAAACGGACCCUCUCUAUCCCUCGCCUAGAGCUCUGUGGAGCCUUGGUGGCAGCACAGUUGGGCAGUAUCUUGAGAAAAGAACUCACCUCGACUAUCAGAAGGAUAAUUCUGUGGUCAGACUCGACAACUGUCCUCAACUGGUUGAGCUCGCAGUCCUGUCGCUAUAAAAUCUUUGUAGGAGCCAGGAUAGCUGAGAUACAGGAGUUGACAGAAAACUGUACCUGGCGCUAUGUAGACUCCGAAAGUAAUCCAGCGGAUGACCUGACAAGGGGAAAGGCACUGGCAGAACUCAAAGUGCCAAACAGGUGGUCAGAUGGACCCCCCUUUCUGCUCCACAGUCCCGACACAUGGCCAGAGAAGCCUAACUCUGAGCCCUUUAAUGAGGAAUCAGAGCUCCGAAAGGCUGUCUUCUGUGGAACAGUAACCACCUCCGCAUCUAUCUGUUGGGAUGAAAUGGAGUACAAGACAUGGCAGGAGCUCUUGGAUGCUUCUGUUAAGGAACUUCAAGGACAAACGCUCUCAACUUCACCUCGUGCUGAGGAAUAUCAGGCUGCAGAACAGGCUCUCCUUAGGCGAGCUCAACAGGAGUCAUUUCCAGAGGAAUGUCGUUUACUUGCCGAAGCGAAAUCUGUUUCAUCCAGAAGUCGCUUACUCACGUUGGCACCUGAACUGGAUACCUCAGCAGGCCUUAUCAGAGUAGGAGGUCGAUUACGACGUCUAGGAGGUCUUGACGGAUCGACACUGCAUCCUAUUGUCCUGGAUCCUACUCACCCCUUCACACGUCUUCUCAUCCAGAAAUACGACAUUGAUCUCCAUCAUCCAGGCCCUGAACGGGUUUUUGCAGAGUUACGGAGAUCUUACUGGAUACUGCGUGGAAGAGAAGCAAUACGCAAAUACCAGCGCACCUGUCCUGAGUGCCAGCGUUGGAGGGCGCAACCCUCAAUUCCGAGGAUGGCUGACCUUCCUGCCGCUCGGCUUAGGUUGUACAAGCCCGCCUUUUACUCCACUGGUGUUGACUGCUUUGGGCCCAUGAUUGUGAAAAUAGGAAGACGGCAGGAGAAACGCUGGGGUAUCAUUUUCAAGUGUCUGACAACGAGGGCAGUACACUUGGAUCUCCUAAGUAGCCUGGAUGCAGAUGCUUUCCUUAUGGCCCUGAGGCGAUUUAUCGCCCGAAGGGGAAAGCCUGCAGAGCUAUGGUCUGAUUGUGGGACCAAUUUUAAGGGGGGAGAUCGGGAACUCAGAGAAGCCUUUGCCAACAUGUCAGAGACCCUGCAGGGGCAGCUAGCCUCCCAGAAGAUUAAAUUUCAGUUUAAUCCCCCAGCAGCUCCACAUUUUGGCGGAGUGUGGGAGCGAGAGGUUCGUUCAGUGAAGGCAGCUCUCCGAAGCUGUGUGGGUUCCCAACCUCUACAGGAGGAGGUACUUCUUACAGUUCUUCUGGAGGUGGAAUCGAUACUGAACUCAAAGCCUUUGGGAUAUGUAUCAGCUGACGUGGCAGACGUGGACCCUGUGACUCCAAAUAGUCUCCUCAUGGGGCGGCCUGAUGGAUCCCUACCCCAGGUGGUCUACCCAGAGAUAGAAAACCUCAGUCGAAGACGUUGGCGGCACUCACAGAUUCUUGCUGAUCACUUCUGGGCAAGAUUCAUCAGAGAAUACCUUCCUGGCUUACAGACAAGACACAAAUGGCAAUCAAGCCCUCCGGAACUUCUGCAGAAAGCAAUUGUUAUGAUUGUGGAUCCCCAGCUGCCCCGCGCCUUAUGGCCGAUAGGUCAUGUGACCAAGAUUCACCGCAGUGAUGAUGGACUUAUCAGAUCAGCGGAUGUGAAAGUUAGUGAACAUGUCUACACUAGACCAGUUGCUCGGUUGGUUGUUUUACCAGCUGUGCCAGCUGAAGGAAAGGACACUGAGGAGGACAGCCAGAAGUCCCCCAAGACUUGAUAAAGCCUUUUAUGUUUAGCAAAUGUGUAACCACAUUUGGGGGCGGCUGUAUAAAAGGCGCUGACAUUUCUGUAUUUUAUUUUGUAAUGUUGGUUUAGAGAGUAUCCUAGGAAGUGACGUAAGUCGGAGUUUAGUGCUGUGCCCUGCUCAUGGGAGCAAUUUAAUAUACUUCCGGGUCAGUUUGCUGCGUUCUCAGCAUGUGAGACCGCAUUCAUGUUGUAGUCUUGAGAAGUGGUGCUCCGAGUGUUAAGUUGAUGACGGAAAACUACUGGCAACACUGAGCAUCACGACGAAUAAACCAGUUCGCAUCUAAGUCAAGUUUGAUCUCAUGUCCUCCUUCCUGUAUCCUGACCGAUACACCAUCCUGUUUGCUGCAAAUAACCUAAGAACCUAACCUAAUUAACACUGGCAUUUUGCGCCAUUUCCUCUUAUUCUGACUAGCACCAGCAGGCAAGACGGAUGAAGUGUCUUGACCAAGGACACAAUGAAAGAGGCGGGCGGAGCAGGAAUUGAGCUGGCAAAAAAAAAAAAAAAAAA